AUGGCGUCCGGGGAUAAGGUCAGGGCUUCCCACAUACUGAUAAAGCACGAGGGCUCCCGACGGAAAGCUUCGUGGAAGGAUCCUGAAGGCCGUGUUAUCAUGAACACCACUAAAGAGAGCGCCAUCGCUAAGCUCGUACAGUUCCGGGAGGACAUCCUCUCUGGAAAGGCCAAGUUCGAGGACAUCGCCUCUCGCCACUCCGAUUGCAGCUCCGCCAAGCGCGGCGGCGAUCUAGGUCCAUUUGGGCGUGGGCAGAUGCAGAAGCCAUUUGAAGAUGCAACAUUUGCCCUCAAGGUUGGUGACAUAAGUGACAUAGUGGAUACCGACAGUGGUGCUCACAUCAUACUCAGAACUGCUUAG